AUGGAGUUUAUUUCUCAAUCUCAGAGAUCAAAAAGCUUGGAACAGCCCCGGGACUUGGAGACUCUUCCAGAUGCCUGGGACGUUACAACUGUCCCAAAAACCCAGAGUCCCAAAACCAUGGAGUUUAUUUCUCAAUCUCAGAGACCCAAAGCCUGGGACAGUCCCGGAACUUGGGACUCUUCCAAAAGCCUGGGACAGUCCCAGGACGUUUGGACUGUCCCAGAAGCCUGGGACAAUCCAAAUUUUAAGGUUUUUGACACUUGCUGGACUUCUGGACUUAGUGAUAUGGAUGUCGAAAGUUACGUAGAUGAGGUCAUGAAUGAGCAGAAGGAGGAGAAAGAGGAGGAUGAGGAGAAGGAGAAGGAAGUGGAUGAGGAGAAUGAGGAGGAAGGAAUGAGGAAGAGAAAGUCCCGAAGAUAUGGCUGGGUCAAGAACAGAGACAUUUUCUUCCAGUUCCAGAAGAACAGUAAGCUAGUAAGAACUCUAGUUCUAAUAUUGUUUGCUGGCCUCUACAAUGCAUAUUUUAUUGCAGCAAUACAUUACGGGAUUUCUACAACACAAAACAAUUUAGAUUACUGUACUGAUGUAGGUUUCCUAAUAAUAAUAACUGUGGUUGUAUAUAUAGGAAUUAUAUAUUACUAUCUCAUCAAACCUAAUUUUCCUGUUAAACAUAUUCAAAAGAUUUCGAGAGCAUUAGGAAAUGUUAGAGCUCGUGUCCCAGAGAGAUUAUUCAACAUUAUUGUCUACGCAGUUGGUCCGGUGUCUGUGUGUAUAUUUAUCCUGGUUGAUACUAGAGAUGAACCACACCGUCUAUACUCUGCUCUGGGCAUCAUAGUUCUAAUUUUCCUUGGAUUUAUAUUCUCAAAACAUCCAGGAUAUGUAGUUUGGAGGCAUAUUUUGUGGGGUCUAAUUCUUCAGUUCAUAUUUGGUCUAAUUAUACUUCGCUGGGAUGUUGGCAGAGCUGUCAUUGGUUGCCUUGGGAAUAAGGUUGCUUCCUUCCUGGCUUUAACUAAUACGGGAUCUAGUUUUGUAUUUGGAUAUCUGGUUGAUGCUAAACCAUUUAGUACUUCACAACUCAAUGGUACAGCCGCAGAGGUUGCUGGAGAGAUAAAUGAGAGUGGAAGUGUAAGAACAGUAUUCUUCUUUAGUGUUCUCUCUAUAAUAUACUUCUUCAAUUUCUGUGUAGCAAUGCUAUUUUAUGUUGGCGCUAUGCAAUGGAUAGUUGUGAAACUAGGAUGGAUUCUACAGGUUACAGUUGGUACAACUGCUUGCGAGUCUGUGAAUGCGGCAGCAAAUAUAUUCCUGGGACAAUCUGAAGCUCCUCUUCUAAUUAAACCAUAUCUACCACAGAUGACAAGUUCCGAGAUUCAUGCAGUUAUGACAGGAGGAUUUGCUACUGUGGCGGGGGCAGCAAUGGCAGCUUAUAUCAGUUUUGGCGUAUCUGCCUCACAUUUGUUAACUGCCAGCGUGAUGUCCGCCCCAGCUGCCCUGGCCUACGCUAAACUAUUCUAUCCAGAAACUAAAAAAUCAAAAACCACGUUUGAUCAUGUUGUUGUUCCUAAAAGUAAGAUAAACAAAUUGUUAACAGAUCUAGUGAGGAAAGGAACAUUAUCUAUAUUAGAUGCUGCUUCAAAUGGGGCUCUUCAGGCUGUAUUUAUAGUGGGUAACAUAGGUGCAUCACUGAUUGCUGUAAUAGCGUUUGUGAGUUUUGUGAAUAGUUUACUUGGUUGGUUUGGUGGAAUGGUUGGAAUACCUUUUCUCUCCCUGGAAUAUAUUCUCAGUCUAGUAUUCUACCCCUUGAGUUUCCUGAUGGGUGUUGAAUGUGUUCCGUUUAAUGAUUGUUGUGAAACUGGAACUUGUCCUGAUACAGAGUGUAAUCAGUGUUCCAUAGUUGCAUUGCUGGUAGGGUUGAAAACUAUAGUUAACGAAUUUGUAGCUUAUGAGAAGUUAACAGAUCUAGUGAGGAAAGGAAUGUUAUCAAGUAGAUCUGAAGCUAUUGCUACCUAUGCACUAUGUGGCUUCUCCAACCCCGCAUCUAUUGGUAUACAGAUUGCUGUUCUAAGCUAUAUGGCCCCGUCUAGAAGAGGAGAUAUAUCAGCUGCAGCGUUCAGAGCUUUUAUAGCAGGAUCUGCAUCAUGUUUUCUAACAGCUUGUGUCGCUGGGACACUUCUACAAGAUUAUGGUUAAAGGGACUAUACUUGUUAUUCCAAAAGACCUUUUUAAUACCUUAACAUUUUGUUAUUGUUUUAACAAAUAACGUUCAAUUUUUCACAUUUACUAUUGAUAAAGAGUACAAUUAAAAUCGAUAGUAAAUGAUUCGUAUUUGUAUGUUUUAUGUAAUAUAUAGUUGAAGUGCCCGUGAAAAAAUUAUUUAAACUUUGAAGAAGAAAAAAAUUAGAUUUGUAAACAAAUGGGAAAACAAACAAAUUUUAUGUGACUAGGUUUUACCCUUUUUUACAUUUUUCCACUAUAAGGACUUUUCACUUUCUCUGAUUCAUUUAGCUCCCAAACUCAUGGGAACUCUACAGAAGCCUAAGAGAAGCCACCUCACUCUCGCUGAGCCUCCUGAGACGGCUAGAGAUGUGCAUCGUUUUUGUGAAAGAACGAAAUUUUUAAAAACGGACAAAGGUUUUUUUGUGAAAGAUGGUGUCGUUAAAAAACGAAAGAGGAAUGAACGACUUGGAUCGUUCAGAGAAAUAACGAUGGUUUUUAUACUGAACGAACGAAUCUUUCAAACAAAUUUAAUAACGAUUUUAUUGAACGAACGAUAUUUCUGAACGAUCCUUUAGCGAGAAAACGAACGAAAUAAUUGGAAAAUGAACGAAAAUGUUGAGAACAAAUGAAAUUAUUUUAGUUUAGAACGAUUUAAAAAACGCAAGAAAUAGGGCGUUCACGAUCGAUGAACGAA